AUGGUAUCUCGGAGCAAUUCUACUAACACGACCACCGAGAAGCGUACCAGCGAAAAGUUGUAUAAGUUGCAAACGAAAGACAAUGAGAUUUUCGAAGUGGCUGCAUCGAUCAUAGGAAUGUCGAAACUCAUCAGUACGAUGUCCGAGGACUUGAAUCUGCAAGAUGAUGACACGCCAGUUCCAAUUCCAAACGUUAGCGCAAAUAUUUUCAAAAAGAUAGUACUGUGGUGCGAGAAGCAUAGGUACGUUGGAGAUGAUCGUGCUGGUUCUCAGAACGUGCUAGAGCAGUGGGACAAUGACUUCUUCAACAUUGACCAUCCUACGCUUUUUGAACUCAUUACGGGCAAAACUCCUGAGGAGAUCCGCAAAAUGUUUAAUAUUGUAAAUGACUUCACACCGGAGGAGGAAGAGCAGAUCCGCAAAGAAAAUGCCUGGUGUGAAGAGUAA